CUCGUGAGCGCCCGGCCCGCUGCCGCAGGGACUGGGAGAGGGCGCCGCAGCACACGGUAGCCUGCGGCUCGGCUCAUUAGGGUCUGCGAGGAUCCGGGCCGCCGCCCCCCGGGGGACCCGAUGGCCUCGGAGGGCCUGGUAGGGGCGCUGGCUUCGGUGCUGGCUGGCCAGGGGUCGAGCGUGCACAGCUGCGACUCGGCGCCGGCCGGGGAGCCGCAGGCGCCCGUGCGGCUGCGGAAGAACGUGUGCUACGUGGUGCUGGCCGUGUUCCUCAGCGAGCAGGAUGAGGUGCUACUGAUCCAGGAGGCCAAGAGGGAGUGCCGGGGGUCGUGGUACCUGCCUGCGGGGAGAAUGGAGCCAGGGGAGACCAUCGUGGAGGCGCUGCAGCGGGAAGUGAAGGAGGAGGCGGGGCUGCACUGUGAGCCCGAGACACUGCUGUCCGUGGAGGAGCGGGGCCCCUCCUGGGUCCGCUUCGUGUUCCUCGUUCGCCCCACAGGUGGAAUUCUCAAGACUUCCAAGGAGGCCGAUGCGGAGUCCCUGCAGGCUGCCUGGUACCCACGGACCUCCCUGCCCACUCCGCUGCGAGCCCAUGACAUCCUGCACCUGGUUGAGCUAGCCGCCCAGUAUCGCCAGCAAGCCAGGCACCCUCUAAUUCUGCCCCAAGAGCUACCCUGUGAUCUGGUCUGCCAGCGGCUCGUGGCCACCUUUACCAGUGCCCAGACAGUGUGGGUGUUGGUGGGCACAGUGGGGAUGCCUCACUUGCCUGUCACUGCCUGUGGCCUCGACCCUAUGGAGCAGAGGGGUGGCAUGAAGAUGGCCGUCCUACGGCUGCUGCAGGAGUGUCUGACCCUGCAUCACUUGGUGGUCGAGAUCAAGGGGUUGCUUGGACUGCAGCACCUGGGCCGAGAUCACAGUGAUGGCAUCUGUCUGAAUGUGCUGGUGACUGUGGCUUUUCGGAGCCCAGGGAUCCAGGAUGAACCCCCGAAAGUUCGGGGUGAGAACUUCUCUUGGUGGAAGGUGAUGGAGGAAGACCUGCAAAGCCAGCUCCUCCAGCGGCUUCAGGGAUCCUCUGUUGUCCCAGUGAACAGAUAGAGAGUUGGAGGAGGUGACAGGGAGCUAGGCAGCCGUGCUCCCUCCAGUGCGGACUUGUCUCCCUCUGAGGGAGGCAAGAGGCUGGCCAUCAGGGGUCUUGUUGCAUUGGGGGCAGGGGCGGCUCUCCUGAUCCCCAGGAGAGAUGCUUUGAGGAGCAUUCCUCUAGAUUGCACAAGGGACAGUGCCUUUAACCAAGCAAGGAGUCCAAAGCUCAGGACCUGACUACCCUGAGGGCACGCUGACGCCUCUCCCCAGGGGGAUGGGGAGCUUUCUGCACCCCCAGUGGCAUCUCAUCACGUUCUGUGCCCUCCUUGGGAAAGGGCUGCAUCCUGAUCCUUCCAGGCCCUUCGAGCAUGGAGGAGCACUGGGGAAGGUACCCCGAGGGAGAAGCACGUUGCUGAGUAAAGAGGUGUUACUUACCUUG